AUGGCCGCGAGCACUUCAGCCUCUCAGACACCAUUGGAAGAUGCAAUUCGAGAAAAGGCAAGAAAAAGCCGAGUCACAAAAGAACUAUCGCCGAUUACCCUCACGAUCCGAAACGAUUCCAAGCUCCAUGCCCACCAUGCGCCCAUGCAAGGAAAUACGUCCACAGAAACUCAUUUCAGUGUAACAAUAGUCUCGUCUGCCUUCGCGUCAAAGAACCAACCUGCCCGGCACAGAAUGGUAUAUAACCUGCUAAAAGAAGAAAUGGCCCGAGAUGGUGGAAUACACGCUCUACAACUCAAGACCAGAACCCCUGAGGAGGAAGAGAGGGCAUCAAGGCAACAAGAGAGUUAG